CGCCUACAAUCCCGUCUCCGCCGCGCGGCAGGCAGGUUAGGUUGCCUUCGUCAGCCGUGGUUUGUGUGAAGUUUUACCCUGCGACAAGAUGAGCGAUCAGGAGCACACGUCUGAGGAUAUGUCUGCAGGGAAGCCCGACAGCCGGGUCGGUGCAGGAGGAGGCGGAUACGUACAGAAGGGGCAGGAUUCACAGCCUUCUCCUUUAGCCUUGUUGGCAGCUACAUGUAGCAGAAUUGAGCCUCCUGAAAAUGGUAAUGGAGGUCAGCAGCAGGGUGCAACUGAACUGGAUUUGAGUACUGCACAGCUUACACAGACAGCCAAUGGUGGCUGGCAGAUUAUAUCUACUUCUAGUGCAUCUAAGGACCAAGCAGGAGGAGAUGCUUCCAAGAACCGUGCAAUAGCCCCUGGGCAGUUUGUGGUAGCUGCUGCCCCUAAUAUGCAGAAUCAACAGGUUCUGGCAAGUCUACAGAGUGUGAUGCCUAACAUUCAGUACCAAGUAAUUCCACAGUUCCAAACUGUGGAUGGGCAGCAAUUGCAGUUUACCACAGCUCCCACUCAAGUCAAUGUGCAACAGGAUGCCAAUGGCCAAUUGCAAAUCAUCCCAGCCACUAAUCAGCAAAUCAUUACAACUAAUCGCACAGGUGCUGGCAGCAUUUUGGCUGCUAUGCCUAAUCUACUGCAACAAGCUGUCCCAAUUCAAGGAAUGGGCUUGACGAACAAUAUGCUCUCAGGUCAGACUCAAUAUUUGACCAAUGUUCCCAUGGCUCUGAAUGGGAACAUCACUUUGCUUCCUAUGAAUGCAGCUUCCCUCACACCCACAUCUCAAUCGGUGACUGUGAGUGCUGGCUCUCAGGAAAACAGUUCUCAGCCAGCUACGUCUGUAGCCAUUAGCUCUUCACAGAUGUGUACUUCUCAGGCCAACACAAACACCUAUUUUACUAAUGCCAACAGCUUUUCUACAAUCACCACCCCCAGCAGUAUGGGACUUAUGAAUUGCAGCAGUGGAAGCACUACACCUGGGACCAAUGUCCAAGUGCAGUCACAGAGAUCGAGUGGCUUGCAGAGUUUGAUCAGCGAUUCAGUGCAGCAUAAUACACUUCAGGGCCAGCAGAAAGAUGGGGAACAAAACCAGCAGCAACAACAGCAAAUUCUCAUUCAGCCUCAAUUAGUACAGGGUGGACAGACCAUCCAGACCCUGCAGGCUGCUCAGCUCUCUGGUCAAACAUUCAGCACACAAGCAAUAUCUCAAGAGGCCUUACAGAACCUUCAGAUUCAGACACUGCAAAAUAAUACUCCUAUAAUUAUUCGUACCCCAACAGUGGGACCAAAUGGACAGGUCACCUGGCAAACUAUACAGUUGCAGAACUUGCAAGUCCAGAAUCCUCAAACUCAAACCAUUACACUUGCACCUAUGCAAGGAGUCUCCCUGGGGCAAACAGGCAGUACUUCCACUCUUACAUCCAUGCCUGCUGGCACUGUCACAGUUAAUGCUGCACAGCUGUCCUCUAUGUCUGGCCUUCAGACUAUUAAUCUUGGUGCCCUAGGAGCUUCAGGUAUUCAAGUGCACCAGCUUCAAGGGGUUCCAUUGACUAUCACCAAUGCAACUGGUGAUGCAAGCGGUCAUCUGAGCAUUCAUACAACAGGUGCUGAUGGGCUUCAUGAUGAGAAUUCAACAAUGGAAGAAGGUGAAACAAGUCCUGACCCUCAACCACAGCCAGGUCGUAGGACACGCAGAGAGGCUUGUACCUGCCCCUAUUGUAAGGAUAGCGAAGGAAGGAGUUCAAGUGACCCAGGGAAGAAGAAACAGCACAUUUGUCACAUCCCUGGCUGUGGGAAGGUUUAUGGUAAAACUUCUCAUCUCCGUGCUCAUUUGCGUUGGCAUACGGGAGAGCGACCUUUUAUCUGUACCUGGAUGUUUUGUGGAAAGCGCUUUACACGGAGUGAUGAGUUGCAAAGACAUAAGCGAACCCACACAGGUGAAAAGAAAUUCAUGUGUCCCGAGUGCCCAAAACGCUUCAUGAGGAGUGAUCACUUGUCCAAACACAUAAAGACUCACCAAAAUAAGAAAAACCAGGGCAGUGCUGUCACCAUGACAACCGUAUCCAUGGACACUGGAAACGGCUCUGAUGGUAGCACUGCUUCCACUCCAACACCCCAGACCCUUAUCACCACCAACAUGGUUGCCAUGGAAGCAAUCUCUCCUGAGGGCAUUGCCCGGCUGGCAAGCAGCGGCAUAAAUGUAAUGCAAGUAGCGGAUCUCCAGUCGAUCAACAUUAGUGGCAAUGGCUUCUGAAGUCCUGUGUUCAGAAAGGACCGUAAAUAGACACUGAAUAAUGUGGAGUUGAGGGUAGGGCUAUUAAAACAAUGACAAUGGGUCCAAGCAAAGCUAAAAGGAAGGCAUCAAAAAGAAGGGGGUGCCAUUUUUGCCUUAACUUUAUUGUGGGAGCUUUCUCCUGUAGCAGUUGCUUUUUAGUCUCAACAAGGAUGAUUUUCCUAAUAUUUCUAUUAUGCCAGUCCCUGGUUGAGAACCUUAAGACCAUGGCUACAUGAAAUUUUUCAUUGGGGAUUUGUGAUGAUUUUGAAGCCUUAACACAUUUGCAGCCAGAACUGUGUACACUGCAAGCUGAGGCAGUGAGGGUAAAUGUUGACAAUAUGCCCUCUAGUCUCCUGUGAUAAUGAAUUACAUAAGUUGUAGAUUGUGUCUUUACAAGCCUUAUAUCUGUUGGGGUAUAAAGACUAAAUUGUUUGAUGGAAUUUUAUAGAAAUAUAUAAUAAAAUAUUUCUAUUUUUCAUUAGGUUUUCCACAAAAAGGUACACCCAUAGCCAUCAUGCCUUGCUCAUUCUGUUACCAAGGCAAUAUAAAUUAUAUAUUUUUUUAACAGAUGCUAUAUAAAAUAUUAAGCAUACAUGAAAAAAUGCCAAAAAAUAAAAUAAAAAAUAAUGUAACCAGUGCUUAGACCAAAUUUUGCUUUGGUCAUUGUGUAUCCUUAUUUGCUACUUCACAAAGUACUUCCCCCUUUUUACAUGUAAUCUCAAAAGCAAUCCCACCCUUCCGUUACAAUCCUAUAUCUGGCUAUUGUUUAAUUCUCUGUUUUGACUCCUUCCCAUUGAAUGGGAAAAAACCCUUCCUUUUUGUAAUUAUUUUACUUGCUUCGUCUUUUUAUUUAAUUUUUGAAUUAUUUUAUUCUGUUUUCCUUCAUGAAGAGCCUGCAGUAUUAUACUGGGUGAUUUAGUAGGCAGUAUGUGCUUGUGUGUUUAUUAAAUAUAUAUAUAAAAUUUUUAUUAACUCCUGUCCCGUUUCCGAUGCACAUCUGGACUUUUAAUCCAUUCAUCAAAAUGGAGAGAUCUUGAAAUUAGAUGACACUGCAAUAAAACUAUUUUCUUUUACA